AAUGGAUACAUUAUUUGACCUAAUUAUUGUAGGAUUAGGUUCUCAUGGUAGUAAUUGUUUCUCACAUUUUUCUGGCAAAAUGAAGGUUCUUGGUAUUGAACAAUAUGUUUCCCCUCAUACAAAAGGGUCACAUAAUGGUGAGACAAGAAUUGUGAGGGAGAUGGGAUAUUCUGGAGAAUAUGUCGAUAUUGCUAGAAGAUCUCUUGAAUUAUGGAAGCAAUUAUAAGACUCCACGAGUGAAUAAGUUUAUGUGAAUUCAGGGGGAAUUUUAUUUGGACACCCUACUGAUAGUCAAUUUAGAGAUUAUACUUAAUUCAAUAAUCCUAACCUUCAAUAAUUAAAACAUCAAGAAGUUGAAUCUAGAUUUCCAAUAAAGACAUCUUAAGAAUAAUAGUUUUACUUUGAUAAAUCAGCAGGAUUUGUAAGACCAGAAUUAGCAAUAUCUAUCUUUAUAAAAUAGGGUAUAUAAAAAGGAGGAUAGAUUAUUAAUAAUUGUCGUUAUAUAAAUCAUAUAUACAAGGGUGAUGAGAUUCAUGUUUAUACAGAUUUAGGAGUGUUUAAGUCUAAAAAGUUGAUAUUAUCCCUUGGAAUGGGUAUAAAGAGAUUGUAAAAUACAUACUCUUUGGAUGUCGGCAUAUAUAAAUAAUAAGUUGUUUUCUUCAAAACAGAUAAUAAGAACUUUGAUAAGUUACCAGUUUUCAUGAGUGAAAAUAACUCAUAAGAAGUUUAUGGAUUUCCAAAGGUGAAUGGAGAAGUAAAGAUUGGAUUACAUCAUUUUGGUCCAUCAUUAGAACAUCCUGAUUUAUAUGAUUAAACAAAGAAUGAAAAUGGAACAGUUAAUUAAAUUAGAUAAUUUUUGGUUAAAUAUAUGCCAGAAUUAAAAGAUGCUGUUGUAUCUAGAGUAGAAACAUGUGUUUAUACAAGCACAAAAGAUCAUAAUUUUACUAUAGAUUUUGAUCCAAGAUCUAAAAAUACAAUAAUUUUAAGUGCAUGUUCUGGACGUAAUAUAUAUCUAAUAAAUAAUAGAUGGAUUUAAAUUUUGUAUUGUGAUGGGAGAGAUUCUUGAAGAGAUGUUCAAUACUGGAGUACAAAAAUAUAAAUCAUUUUAAUUAAAUAGAUUCUAGAAGCCUAAAUUUUGACU